AACGAACGAACAUGCAUGGUACAACCGGCUCGAGCACGAAUCCGUCGGGCACUUGGACCCAUCAUUUCUUGCUACUGCUAACUGUGAUUGCAUAAUAUUUCCUGGUAUUCCAGGAUUUCCAUUUACAACCAGUCCUGAGCUGUAACAUCUAUAUUAGACACUACAAUGUCGGGAAAUCCAGCAGUGGUGAUGCGUUUGGUGGCUUCGGCUUACGCAGUGGCAGAGAAGGCAGGAGCCAUCAUACGGAGGGUUCUUCACAGCGGAGAGCUGGGAAUCGUGGAAAAGACGGGGGCUAACGAUCUACAGACACUGGCAGACAGGCUGGUCCAGCAGAGCAUAUGUGCCUCCCUAUCCAAAAGCUUCCCCAAAAUCACCAUCAUCGGAGAGGAGGAUCUGCCAGAGGAGGCUGUCAAAGAGGACUUGAUUGAGAGCAGUCAGUCUGAAGAAAUCCUACAAAAGUCCUGUCCAUUGGAAUACAGUGCCCUGAAAGAGGAGGAGCUGGUUGUGUGGGUCGACCCCCUUGAUGGCACUAAAGAAUACACUGAAGGGCUUCUUGAUCACGUGACUGUACUGAUCGGCAUUGCAUAUAGAGGGAAGGCCAUUGCCGGGGUCAUCAACCAGCCCUUCUUCAAUUAUCAGUUGGGGACGGAGACAGCAGACAUGGAGAGAACUCUGUGGGGAAUGCCGGGACUGGGCGCCUUCGGGUUCGAGCUACAGGAGGUUCCGGAUGGCCGACGCAUAGUCACCACAACCCGUUCCCACAGCAACAAACUUGUCACAGACACCGUGGAUGCCAUGGAACCUCAUGAUGUGAUAAGAGUUGGCGGAGCAGGAAAUAAGAUUGUUCAGCUUGUGGAGGGGAAGGCCUCAGCCUAUGUCUUUGCCAGUCUAGGAACUAAAAAGUGGGACACGUGUGCCCCUGAAGCCAUCCUGCAUGCAGUAGGAGGUAAGCUGACAGACAUGCAUGGCAGUGCGUUGUGUUACGAUGCUAAUGUUAAGCACAUGAAUUCUGCUGGGGUGCUGGCCACUCUACGCAACCACCAGUACUACACCAGCAAAGUGCCCCAGUCAGUCCUGCAGGCCCUCAAGCCCUGAUUGAUACAUAAUUUACAACUGUUAUUGUCCAAAAACCCUGCCAAAUGAUUAACAUUUUUCUAGCAUCUUUAGUCAUGAAUGGAAUGUUUUAAUUUCCAUAAUUACUUGUGUAAAAUAGUCUACAUUGUACCCCAAAGUAAUUAAUCAUGAGCCAUAAACUAGUAAUGCUGCAUACUCCAAGAAAGGUUCAAAUCUCACCUUUCUGGUAAAAAUAGUUAUGAAGUGUAGUCACUUAGACACAAGCACACAGUACAAAUAAAAUAUUUUGUAUUUCCUAUUCAAAACUAUGAACAAGGCUUGAAAUGACAUGCUAAAUAUAGUAUAAUCACAAAAUGGCCAACCUUAGUAUGUUUAAUGUUAAUGUGUAUAUUUUCUAAAGGUCUCGAUUACAGCGUCUGACCUGAUUGCUGUGAACGUCUGAGCGCUAGCUUGGCUUCCUGAACUCACCUUUCAUCUCAAAUUAAUCUUGUCAGUCUGAUUUUUUUUAAAUUCAAUGUAAUAUUUUUAUGGCUAUAAAUCAAUCUUUGUGCUAUAGUGAUAAAACCACUCUCCUGCUACGUUAUAAGGAUUGCAGGCAUGUGGCUGUGAAUUAGGGUUCAGCCAGGAGUUGGACAGUCGGAAGAGGGAAUUUAAAUGGUAGGAGAAACAUCCCAGUGCCAAGUGGUUUCAGAUUUCACAUUCUACUUUACACAGGCUCAGAAAAUAUACUACUGUGUCUUUGGGAACCAGGGCUAUUGCUCAAUGCAAGCCAUUUUGAUCUACAGCGUCCACAUAAGUUAAAAUGUCAGUCGGAACCGGUACCAGAACCACGCAGGUCCCAUUACAUCUGAGAUCAUAACACACAAAAAAAAAUACUUUUUUACUGUAGAUACUUUUGGGCUAGAAAAAAAAUAAUAAAAUCAGGCCAUGUUUGACACUUCUGCUAUAAAGAAUCACAUUUUUACAAAAUAUUUCUAACCAGCACAAUAAUCAUGAAACAAAACAGGAAACGCAUGUCCAAAUGAUUUGAUAAAACUGCUGAUUUACAA